GCUCCGAGUAGGACGCUACGCGUGAGGGGCAAGGCUCGGGGAAGUAUAUGAGAAUCGUUAUGCAAGCAGGUGUCGUUAUAGUGCUAUGGAAUGAAAUUACCGUGUUUUCUCCCUAAAAUGACUUUCCCCUCACUAGAUAAGGCUGUACCACCUUGUUUGGCUCUUAUAGGGCUUUGUAUAAGGUGCUUUAUAGGGUUAUUAAAAAGAGAAGCCAGUCAUUCGAUGUUGAAUUAGUCUGUUGCACAGUCUUUAAAAGCAGGGGAACCUUGCUCCUUCCUCCUAAUUUUUGUUAAAAAUAGCAUGUCGCUUAAUUUUUAACGUUUUAUUUUUGAAGCACUACCACAAAAGGAAACCUCCGUAACGUGCGAUGCAAGAGAGAGAUAACCCUGGCAGAUUUCAAUGCGGCUUUCUCAAAGGAGAGCAUGUUGCGCUUUCGUGCCUUUAAAUCUAUGCAGCAGCUACGAGAUCAAUAGGUGAAGCUUUCCCAUCGUUGUAUGAAAAUGUGUCGAACUUCCAUAUAUAUUUGCCCAAGUUUCUAAAAUAUUCGGGGCGGGGAGAAGGAGUACAAAUCAAUGCACUACAACGAAAGAAAGUCUCGAAUUCAGUCUGUUUUUGUGACCCCCCUUCCCCUUUUUAAAAACACAACCAGUUCCUGACCCUCACAUGGCGGUUGCUACCAACUGGGAACCGAAAGUGCUGUUGAAGAACUAUUAAGGCUAUUUCCCCCGACAGACACACACGCACACACACCCUUCCAAGCAUGGCUGCUGCUUGCGUCCUUCGCCACCUGGUCCGCCUGCCUUCGGCAGCUGCGACCGUGGCCGCCUCGCUGCCUCCUCGCCGUUUCCUCGCGGGGGCCGCUCAGUUCCAGUACAUCGUGGUGGAAAAGAAAGGGGCCAAGCAGAACGUGGCCGUCAUCCAGCUGAACCGCCCCAAGGCAUUGAACGCGCUCUGCGACGGGCUGAUCAACGAAAUGAACCUGGCCCUGGACUCUCUGGAGCAAGACCCGGGCGUGGGCGCCAUUGUUAUCACCGGCAGCGAGAAGGCCUUUGCCGCUGGGGCAGACAUCAAAGAGAUGCAGACCAGGACCUUCCAGGAGUGCUACGGGGGCAACUUCCUGGCUCACUGGAACAGAGUCUCCAGCGUCAGGAAGCCUGUCAUUGCCGCUGUCAACGGUUACGCUCUUGGGGGUGGCUGCGAGCUCGCCAUGAUGUGUGACAUCAUUUAUGCUGGGGAGAAAGCACAGUUUGGGCAGCCAGAGAUCCUUCUGGGAACCAUUCCGGGGUCUGGCGGGACGCAGAGGCUGACCAGGGCUGUGGGCAAGUCGCUGGCCAUGGAGAUGAUCCUCACUGGGGAGCGAAUCUCCGCUCAGGAGGCCAAAGGGGCAGGUCUGGUCAGCAAAGUCUGCCCUGUGGAGAAGCUGCUUGAUGAAGCCAUCAGCUGCGGCGAAAAGAUUGCGAAGAACUCUAAGCUGGUGGUGGCGAUGGCCAAGGAAGCUGUGAAUGCAGCCUUCGAGAUGACGUUAACAGAGGGCAAUAAAAUGGAGAAGAGGCUAUUCCAUGCUACCUUUGCUACGGAUGACAGAAAAGAGGGAAUGAGCGCCUUUGUGGAGAAGAGAGAGGCAAACUUUAAGGACCACUAAAUCAUCCUAUAGAAGCCGCUGAUAACACACAGAGUGUCAUGGGGAUGUGUGGCUGGCUGACAAUUGGCUGGUUGAAGAAAUCAUGGCUGUGUUUAUCCAGUCUGCCCAGUUGGCCUCUUCCAGGCGCCAUCUCUCUGCCACAAGAGGCCUUUAAGUGCAAAGUCUGUGCCUUUUACUUGCCAGGAAGAUGAUGUGUCUCAUGGAUAUAGGGUGAUUUGAGCAUGUGAAAUUCUAGCGAUCAGUUUAUUUGUAAGAAAAUAAUUGGAAAUACUUUACCGUCUCCAAUUCUCAUUAAAUCAGCUGUUGGAGAAUGACCCUGUCUGAAGAUACUGUGGAUUACAUAGUUAUCUGUUACCACUUUCCCUUUUGUCUGCAUUUUUUGGUUGUCAUAAAUGACCCUGAAACAGCAGUGCCAGAUGUAGGAAAUGUUACUCACGCGCACAUAAGACUGUAAGCCUUUUCCUCCAGCUCAGAUUGCACAUUCUUCCUCCACAAUGGGAUGGGUGAAGGAAGGUGUGUCAAUGCUAUCUUCCUCCUAGGCUUCUAGCUCCUGUGUGCUUUGGGAGAGCUUUGUUGAGGGCAGUGGUUCUUUUAGUUUUAUCUGUCCUGGAGUCAUGUACCUAUUGUUACCUGCAGAGUCCUGAUGUUCUGGUGGCAAGUUGGAGCUCUACCUGAUGGCCAUAGAGAGCAGGACAUCUCUUUGUUCUUAGAUGGCAAGAGGUCCAUAUACUCAGCCUGUAGCCAGAAACAUGAUGGUGGGAAAAGGCUUAAGGGUAUUCUGAGGGGUGGGCUUCAUAACCCAGUGGGGAAAAAACCUGGUGUCUUUGCAUUAAUCAAAUAAUUGUAAUGAUGCACAUAUUUAAUAAAAUUGUAUCAUUUAAAAAAA